CACAACCACAACAACAAUACAGCUGAGUGCUCCAACCAAAGAACUACGACUAAUACUACAACUUCUACUCACCACGAAUAAGAUGGCCACAGAGACGCGAUGCCCCCUGAGCCCCAAGAUGCCCGCGGGACUAGACCUGGAGGUCUGCCAGAAUCCCCUGACCUUGAAGACAGUGGUCAACCUGGUCGUCGCCAUGGAGAGGUUCAAGGGCAGCCGUACCGAAAAGGCCCUGAGUAGAAAAUUAAGUGGGGAAAGCUUCCUCAACAUCAUGAUCGAUGACAUCAUUGAAGUGAUCCACAUGCCCGAGAGGCGAGCUCCAGUGAAUCAGUUCACCAGGACGGGCGAGUAUCAGUGCACCGUCAGCGACAGCCAGAACAAAAGUCUGGUGCUGCUCAGAGACAGCAUGGAGCUGCAAGCCGUCACGCUGCAGGGAGGAAGCAGCCACCGCAAAGUGCAACUCAACAUGUCCACCUACGUGCACCCGUCCCCAAGCAUCGAGGCCCGACCGGUGGCCCUGGGCAUCAAGGGCAGCAACCUGUACAUGUCGUGCCACCAGGAGGGCGACAGGCCCACGCUGCACCUGGAGCCGGUUGAGGACAGGCAGAGUCUGAUGGCGGUGGCCUCGGAGAGCGACAUGCUGCGCUUCCUCUUCUACAAGCGCGACUCCGGGGUCAGCCUCAGCACCCUGACGUCGGCACGCUUCCCCAACUGGUACAUCAGCACAGCGGAGGAGGAAAACAUGCCCGUGGAGAUGUGCCAGCGCACUGCCAAACGAUACCUCACCUUCCAUAUUCAGAGGCACAGCUAAGAGAUUAAGAAGAAGAAAAAAAUAUGCUCGAGAACAGCAAAAAACGAACAACAGCAUCUUUUCACAUGUUGUAGAAUGACUCAAAGAGAUGACAUGCUUUCUUUCAUACUCAUCUAUUUAUGCAAGUAUUUAUGCCAUUUAUUUAUUUAUUUAUUUAUGUAUUUAAUGGGUAUUUAUGUUUUUGCAGUUGUGUUCAUGGUGAAAUCAAAUGUGUCACGAAUAAA